AUGGCGACCGAUAAUGCUCCCCCAAUGGACGAGAAGGCGAAGCGGACAAGGGAGCUUCUGGCGAGCUUCUACUCGACGGAGGCUUCAACGGCUGGCAGGGCCGUUCCAGUCUCACCUUCUAGAGUCGCCACCUUGGAUUCUAUCAACUCCCCUUCCUUCGAUCCCGAUGUCUACAUGAAUCUUUUGGUAAUGCUAGAUCUGCACUCUCUCCUUUCUCUUUCUUCAUCAAUCCAUGCUCUCUCUUUCUCUCUCCUUCUCAUUCGCUGUCUUACUGCCUCUUCCAGUUAAUCUCUGUCUGUCCGUCUAUCUCUCCACGUUUUCCGAGUAGUAUAUCUUCAUGCUGGUCUGCUUUACGUUUCUCCCUUUCGAAUUGGCUAUUUCUGAUCCCCCUUUCUCUUGUCAUUGCUGUCCUAAGGUUCUCUUAAAUUAUGAGGAAAACGCUAGACUUUAACUCAUUUACUUUCUGGUAGAGCAUCGGUGAAGUUAUUUUAUUUAUCCGGCGUGCACAUUUCCAUAAUUUCCUUAAUUUGGUGAUAAAUACUGUUGCACUAUUGUAAUUUCCGUAAUCUCCCUUUCAAUUGCCAUGAUGUUCAUUUUUUCUUUUGCAGAUUCGAAAGACAAAUUUGGAGGGGCUUCUCCAUAAGCAUGUUGAGAUGGCCGCUGAGAUAAAGAAUCUAGAUACAGAUCUACAAAUGCUAGUGUAUGAAAAUUACAACAAAUUCAUCAGUGCAACGGAUACAAUUAAGAGGUAACUUUAUUUUCAGACUUAGUUUUCUUCUAUUAUACUCACACUGCUAUCUUUUAUUAGACUUCCACGUUAUGGCUGCAGUCAAAAUUUUGAGACCACCAUCAUUUUUUGCUGCAACAUCUAGCUUCCUCUCAUACCCUGCUGUUCCUGAGUGUAGGAAAAAUGUUAUCCUUAAAGAGAAAGCAGAUGAGGAUGUUGCAUUUUUGAUUAAUUUAUGCCCUUCUUUUCCUGUCUUUAGUUGAUUUCUUUCGUUUUUUACGAGUUCUCAGACUUUGUGCCCGUUUUUGGAUCAAGCGAAAUGAUUUCAUUACUUUUCAUUUUAAUCUCAUACAUAUGAAAUUUAUUCAUCAAAUAUAAGUUUUUCUUAACGAAAGUAGAACGUUAUUAUUAUGUCCAGUCUGGCGGAAUUAGGUGAUCUUUUAUUUUAUUUAUUUCAUUUUUACUGCAAAGGAGGUCCAUAUUCCUCCCUUGGAACUAGACCGAUCUGAAUUGGCUAAUAAUGAGCUGAAUUAGUAGUCCUUUUUGCAAGCAGCUGAUUUCUCCUGUUUUGAUUUGAACUCGAGUCUCUUGAUCGCACUUUAGUUCAAAGUACGUGAAUACGAAGGUGCUCUAGCAAUGUGCUCUGAGUGUUUUUCUUUUGGUCGAGGUCGACCUUAACAAAGUGUUGGACGUGGUCUACUGUUCUUCUGCGCAACAAGGGAACAUAUGCUUUCAUCCUUUCUCAAAGAUGAUUAUAGGGUCGGGGUUCAGUAGGAUGACUAGUGGAGGGGUGGGUAAAGAGGAGACUGAGGAAUACAUUUUUCGUAGUCUCUUUCUUUGUCUACGAUGAUAAGAGAAAGAUACGAAUAUUUCUUUUUGUUCUCGCAUGGGAAUUUUCUAUUUAAUCCAAUUAACAUCUCUACCAUAUAGUGAAAGGGUUUCUAUGCUCAUGAUAAUUUCACUUAAGCCAGAAAAUUUUGACAGUCCCAUCCAAAAGUCACUAUCUGAAGGUGCUUUUUUUGUAGCGUAGCACGGUUUGAUAAGGUAAAUAACAGAAGCUUAUGAUAUGAAUGUAGGAUGAAGAAUAAUAUUGUGGGUAUGGAGGCAAAUAUGGAGCAGCUUCUUGAAAAGGUUCUUGGAUUCUACUUUAUUAUUGGCAUUUUUAUGGCGAUAUUUCCCUUUGUAUGUUCCCUUCUUAUUCUGUUACUGUUUCAGAUUAUAUCCGUGCAGUCAAAAAGUGAUGGAGUCGAUACAUCCCUUUUCGCAAAGCGAGAAAAGAUUGAAAAGUUGCAUCGAACACGAAAUUUUCUCCGUAAAAUUCAAGUAUUACCUUGAAACUUACUACUUUAUUUUUUAAUCUUGCUACAGUUGCUUUCUUAUAUUUGUGGAUUAGCCUUGGUAUUACUAUUGGUUUUCUAUGCUCAAAUAAAAGGAUUCAUCAAACAAUGUUUAGAGCAUGCAGGGCUGUACUUUUGGUGUUUUUCUUGCCACGGGCAUCUAAUUUGCUUGUCUUCUGGGGAAUUUAUACAGAAAGUUCGAAAGUACUAAACAUAUAUAUGUUCAUUUCUAUGAGGAACAUUGCAUGUUUGUUAUUCUCGUAUGGUUGUGAUUAGUACAAUUUUUUGGCUAGAUAUAAUAAGAUAUAAUAUGCUACUAUAUUCCUGAUCAUCUGGACUUGUGUUUCUUAAAAAGUAUGGAAAUAAGCCUUGGGGAGAAAAUGCUAUGUAGAAUGGUAAAGUACAUUGGCCAAAAUUGCGUUAUUAAAUCUAAGAAUGAACAAGAAUAAAAGAAAAAAACUCAUGUUUUUGGAAAAAUUAAUGUAGUUUACUUGAUAAUUAGUGCAGUAGAGACGUAUUUUUGUUUCUUUGUUAAAAUUGUGAGACCAUAGCACUGACUUUGAAGGAUAUCUGUGUCGCUUAACUCCAAAAAGAGAACCUAUGCAUAUUCUACUAAAUUAUUAAUUUCUUGUUUGUGGACGCAUCUUUCUAAUUCUUCUGGGCCUGGUAUACUUUUAUUUAUACUAUGAUCUUCUUACGAAUUCUUCUUACAAAUGUGCAGUUCAUCUAUGAUCUUCCGGGACGGCUUCAGAAGUGUAUUGAAUCAGAAGCAUAUGCUGAUGCAGUACGAUUUUUCAUUGGAGCCAAGCCAAUUUUCGAGGUUCAUUUUUGUUUCUUUUAUUAUUGGUGUUGUUUUAUAAGCUCUUCGACCUAUCUAAUCUCUUUAUUCUCUAUUUUAGGCUUAUGGAGGUUCAUCUUUCCAAGAGUGUAAAAUAUCAUCUGAAGAGACAAUGAAGUUGGUUAUUGAAAACCUCAAAGUAACCUUCUUUUCCCUGAUUAUUUGUUUAAAAUCUUCAAAACUCUCUCGUGUCUUCUAAUUUGUUGCCCUUUCGUAACUUGUUAUUUGUUGGUUUCCUUGUGCCAUUUAGUGUAUAUACUCCGUUGACCAGUAUCUUUGGUUUUAGUUGUUUUUAACAUAGAAAAUCAGUUGGACAGAUGACAAAAAAAGAUAACUAGGUGGUACCAUGGUUAUUCAUGCUAUCAGAAAUCCCUGUUGCUGGAUAUUUUUUAGUUGAACUACUUCAUCUGCAUUCAUGUUGUCUUACUGACGAAAGUUCCUUGUUUCAUCUGCAUAAUUUGUACCCUUUUGCCUUAUCUUCAAAUAUCCUGUUAUUGGACUGCUUGCAAGUAAAUGCUUUUCAUUUUUACUACUUUUAUCAGUUAGUCAAGCGCGAUAAUGAAGGAAAGUUAUAUGUUAUCUAACACAAUUCAUUAAAAACCUUUCACCAAGUUGUUGUGCAUGUACGGAUGUUGAAAGAGAUAAAUAAAUGGCAAUGACCACAAUGAUCAGCUUUGAAAACGAAUGGCUUUAUUAACAUUUUUUUCCCACAAUUUUACCAUAGUCCUCUAAUGGAUCAAAUUGGACUUUUAUUCUUUGAUUAUCGAAUACAUCACUAAUUCCCUUCACAUAUUUUUAUGUAUUAGUUUAGAGUUUUGUCGUAGAGGUGUUGUGAACCUGAUGGUUGAUCUAUUUCAGAAUUAUAUGCUUGCUAUGUUUCAUUUUCCUCAGUAUUGGAUUUUUAUAGUAAUUGUAUUCAUCCAAUUGUAUCUCAAUUUUUUCUGAUUACAUGUCUAAAUCUGCUGGUUAAUCAUAGGUUCAGGUGCUUCUCUGUAAAUUGACACUAACUGUAAUAUAUAAUGGUUUUUCUGAAUUGUUCAUUCUUUCCCGAAUGUUUCUCAGGGGAAAUUAUACUCAGAUACUGAACCUAUCGAAGCAAGAGCAGAAGCUGUCGUGCUUCUUAAACAGUUGAACUUCCCUGUUGGUACUUCGCCCUUUUAUUCUGUCUUUUAUGGCGUAUUUUGGUGUCAGAGAACUUUUAAUGUUUCAUUCCUUUCUAAGAACUGAGUUGUUAAUGAUGAAUCACAUGUACUGUCUUGUAAGAGAGAUAUCUCGUGUCUGCUGAUUUAUUCUACUGGCCCUUACCAGAAAAGACAUGCAUAAUUGCAUUUGCCUGUGGCAAUGGCAAAUUAGAUAUUUUGUAUGAAAUAUCCUUGGGCAUUUCUUUGUUGUCAGGGAAGAUUCAAAGAAAAGAAAAGAAAAUAUCUAAUCUUACUAUGCGUAAUACAUGACAGAAAAUGAAGGCUUCCGAUUUCUAGUUAUUUUCUUGCUAGCAAGCCUGGUGACAAAAUGUGCGAAUCUUUUUAUGUUUUGAAGGUUGAAGAUCUAAAAAACAAGAUGCUUGAUAAGCUAGAGGACUUCCUUCUUGAUUUUCAUAAAGAAUCAAAAAGGAUGGGUAUCACCAAUACAGAGUUAGAUGAACCAAAUGGUGUAGGUAAUCAUUCAGAUUCAGCUCGAGCUAUAUCACAUCUGACUGCAUCCAGCCAGGUAAACUAUCCAUGGUUUUUACCAGAGUAUGUUAACUAUGCUUUCUCAAAUCAUAUGAAGUGUUGACUUAUUUUCUGCGUUCAUCAUACUGUCGUACUCUCGUUUCCAAAAAAAUUACCAGAUUCAUUCUUGUUGAUCGUUUAGAAAUGUCUACAUGGUUGAUUUCCAAACUAAACUAUCUGUCGAAAUUUGAAUGUAUUUUCGUUGAUAUCUUUUAUUGAGAGUGUGGGCUGAUAUUUCAAACUAAAUUUUCUUUGGGUACUGGUAAUAUUUCAGUUAGUGUUGGUUGAAAAACAAAGCGUAGGAAAGAGGGUUUAUCAGAUUGAACUUGGGUCCAACUAACCUGAAAAACAAGUCUAAUCAGUUCCUUUAUAGGUUCUUUCAAAAAUUUAUAUAAAUAAGAACAUAAUAAAUGGACUGGUAAGUUUUUCAGCUAUGGCUGUAUAUCAUCAAGAUGAAGUCUCACCAAAUGCCCUAAUUAUCCAUAGAAAAAUCUCCCAUAACUACACUCUGCUGUUAUUGCUCAAAAGAGAUCUGCAACGGAGCAGUUCAGUGAUACAAAAAAAAUUCUUUCUUAUCAGCAUGGAUGUCUUAUUGCUCAAGCUUUUCAACUGUAUACGAUUGUUGGUUUUAUCUGGAAAUUAAUAAUUUUCUUCAAUCGAACUCUUAAACUUCCUUCUACCAGAUUUCUGAUUGAUUGACAUUGCACUGUACCCCUGCCAUUUUUUUGAUUUUUUGUGGGCAUCACUUUGUCUCUCAAUAUUUUGAGAAAUCAAUCCGACUUUUUCUUUUCUAUGCUUCCCAAACGUAGGCAUCAAUCGCUGAAUUUUCCAAGACCAUCAAUGCUUACCGGAUAAUAUUUCCUGACUCAGAAAGGCGGCUCAUAGAACUUGCACAAGACUUGUUUACAAAGUAACUAAUCUCCUAUGAUUCAUGUAUUACUGAAGCUUCUCAUAUGCUAAUCCUUCAAUGCUAAUAUUGUUAAUUUUUCUGUUUCAAGGCGCUAUGAGACCAUUCAACAGCGGAUAACAGAACAACUAUCUUCAGAAGCUCUAAUGUUGGCCUUGCGUGAGAAUUUUACUUCAUCAAAAUGUGUUUCUCAUAUUAAUAUCUUGUCAUGUCAUUUUGUUUUUGUGUGCUGACACUGUUAUGGAGAUUUAGUGGAUUCGGAAAAUUUAAACCAUGUCACAAGGAAUAAAAAUAUUGAAGGUCUUCUGCUUCCAGAAUUUGUAUUGAAGAUAUUAAGUAUUGUUGUCCUUAGGGAUAGUGGAAAAAAGUUGAUGUGCAUUUGCCUCACUAAUUAGUGAAAAAUUUCUUGUUAAAUUAAGCUUCUCACCUUUGGUGCCUUUCUUUCAUCUUUCAGUUAAAGUUGACAUAUUGCACAUCAUUUGGUCAGGAUAAUGACCUUGCCCAUUUUUCAUUCGAUGAUGAUAGUAGCCACUUACAAACAAAUUAAAUAGGCCAAGAUCACUUAUCCUGAGAAGCGUGAUACCUUUUGAAGCGACAUAAAUGGGAAUGAGGAGUCUCCAUAUCAAGAAGUUCUAUUUGUCAACCCUAUUCAAGGAAUGGGUCAAAUAACUUAUCUAAAAAAUGAAAAUUUUAAUUAAUGAUGCAGGAUGUCUAAUAAUGGAUUGAACUUUGGGAUUAUUUUUUUUAUCUUCUCUAGUUUUUAAGUUGCCACAUGGGUAAUAUAUAAUUUAUUUUAUUAAUGUAGUGCUGAGAUUGAAUAAUCCUAGACGAGUUAAUAUUCCUAGGGCUUCCAAGUCCGAUUGAACUCUGUUAGAGGUCAGUGGAAUUAGUUUUCCAUUAACACCAUGUAUCCAUUAAGUAUUUGCCAAAAGACCAGAUACUUCUCCUCUGUCCUUUCUUCACUAGAAUUACGUAGUUCAAUAUUUCUCUUCUGCUGUUUUCACGAUUUUUCCCUCAAGAUUCCUCUCUCUCUCCACACUGCGGCGUCAGAGAAAAAGUUCUUGGUUCUUUUGUUGGCUUUGUGGUGACGAGGUUGCAGAGAGAAGAAAUCAAAUGUAGACAAUUUUUAAGGCUUUAAAUUUUUCCUGCUGGCUGUGAUGAAGUUGUAUGGAUCUGAGUAAAGAGUGAUGUUUAGGAAAGAAGUUACAAAUGAGGGUAAUGAAUAAUUGACUGCCCAUAAUCUUGCUUCUUUUAACCCAGGAAUCUGAGGUGGGAUGGGCAUAAUCCAUUCAUUCAACUUAGAAGAUGCUCAGCAAUACGCUUUAAUGGCAGGAAAAAGAGCUUGCUACUGUAAGCAAGGAAAUUAUAUGACUCUGUCAGAGAAAACAUAUUUGCUAUUUUGGGGGUUUUGAGUCUGAUCAAAUAGGCCAUAGAGCUAAAAACGACCCUAGGGUUGUCGUAGAUCUAAUCAGGGUCGUAGCAAUAGUUAUUGAGGAUAGGAAAGAACAUGAGUUGAACCUCACAAUGAUCUUGGUGAGACGAGUAUCAAAGAGGCCAUACCAUGGAAAACUCUUUUUCUUCAUCUUCCCAGCAGUAAAUUGGCUUUACACCCUGUGCAAGGAGAAAAGUACAAUUAGAGAAGGCACAAUAUCUAUCAAACCAGUGUGUUUUACAUUGGUGAAUGUAAACUGAAGCUGAAGGCAGAAAAUGUAAGUUUUUGUGUUUUCAUAUAUCCAGUUUAUGUUUUCAUAUAUACAGUUUACUGUGGAUGAUGAUAUAAAAAAGGUCAGUUGCAAUAUAGGGUCUGUGGACACUAUCUUUUAUUGGGAAAAUAUUGGUUAGAUGCUAAAGUUAAUACCUAUACUUUUUGGAAGAAUAUUAAGAAGUUGAUAUUGCAGCCUCGCUAGGAAAUAUCCUCAAAUAAUUGAACGUCCUAGGUGAAUGGUUUUCCAUUUGGUUAAAAAAAUUAAGAUUUAAGCUAAAGAAUCAGGGUGUGAUUUAUGUUUUGAUUGGAAAUGUGAUACCCGAGCGUAAUAUGUAGUAUCUAAGGACCAUCUAAUUGAAAUAUAAUGUUUAAUUAAACUUCCACGUUCUGUUUUAGCCUUGCUCACAUGGAAGAAAAAUAGAAGAAUGAUGUUUGAUGGCAAGUGUACUGUCAAAAAAAUAAAAAAAAUACUCUAGUUUUUUAUUCCUUGUUAUUACAUGCUUGACAUGCUAGAGCAAAUGUCAUGCCAUAAUGUUGUUAAUUGAUCAGUGAUCUUGUGAACUACAACUCUGUUGAUAGUUCUCUUUUUCUUUUUUUGCAAUGUAUUUUGCAUAUCCAGAAAGAAGUUUCAUGUUAUAUUUCAUUAUGUCUUCUGCCAUGAGAUAUUUGGAGGUUUAACAUAAGAAACCUCAAAUGGUUGCAGGAGAUAUUUGGUCUGAUGUAUCACUGAUGGAUCAAGUUUUACCUGAGGCUGCACUUCCUGUUAUUUCUUUGGAGGUUUUUCCUGUUAAUUUUUACAGGCACCGUUGUUAAAUUUUUUAUAUGCAUUUACAUUCUUAUUCACCGGACUUUAAUGAAAGCAAUGAUGUAUUGUUUCUGUGUACCAAUUCUCUCUUGUUAUUGCGGUUCCUUGCCACUCUCUUCCUCCACAUCUCUCUUUCAUUUUUUAACUCCUGUCGGUUCAAUAUACUGUUCUCCUCCCUUUCGUGUGUUUCUCUAUGUUCCUUUGACUCACUUCCCUCUAGAUCCUCUGUUGAUCUUCAGUCCCUUUCUGAUGGCAGCUCAAAUUCACAACAGUUCCAGUCGGAGUAACAGCAGCAGGUUUGAUGGGUGUGGGGUUUCAGUAAAUUCACAAACUGUCGUAUAGCUUGGAGGCGAAUUCAUGGGCUAUGGUGUAAAAUACUGUUUUUGUGGCCCCAAAUUUUAACAUGAAUAGCGGUGGAUUUUUUUUUUGUACCGAACUGCAGAAUAUAUCUUUUACCACCAAUGCCACAGAAAUUGAUAAUACCACCAGCCGACUCCUAGACAAAAAAAAUUAAUCAAUAAAAUUAUUUUUGGUAAUUUUAAGUACAAAAAUACAAAAGCAGGGUCGGACUGAUAUUUAGAGUUUGGUUAUUUGAAUUUGAGAGGCCUCUCAUUCGAAGUUUAUUCUUGAUCUUUUCGGAAUAAAGUUGUAGGAAAAUUAAUUUUUUCAUGUGACGAUUAUUGCCAGAGUUUGUCUAUAUCUGUAGGAAAAAAAAAGUCUGGAACGAAUUUGCCCCCGACAUGCUCGGGACAUUCAAAUGUGAAGAGAUCACCGAUGUUUAUUGCCAUAUAUCCUGUUGAUAAAUUAUUCUUGAAUUUCCAGUGUAGCAUUAUUUCACCCGCGUCGACACCAAGUUUAACUUUUUGUAAUUUUUUUCUGAAAAUUAAAUCCAUUGUCUGAUGAUUUUCUAGGCCUCCAGGGGCGUCAUCAAGAAAUAUAUCACCGGUGCAUUCUCUGCUCUUCUGCGUUAUGUUUCAGGUUAUCUUCUGAUUUCUCAUUGAUUGCCCAUUUUACCUCUCUGCUACCUAGAAGUACUAGAGAUAUGUCUGUAUAAAUGAUUGACCGAUAAUUAGAAUCUUCUGUUACGAAGUGUCCUUAAUUAAAUAAAUUGGAGAUUAAUUGAUGAAAUUUCGGCACAGGCAAGCUGCUUUCUGUCUUGCCAUGGAGAUUUCUGUAAUAAUGAAUUUUUGCCAUGUAAUUAAAAGCAUUGAGGCACUAUCUCCAAUGUGAUGUUUGAAUCUAUUGUCCCACAUCAUUUCUCUUAUUCAUUACCAGCCCCUCCAGUUUGAAGGCAAGAAACAGAGUGCGAAAAAAGGAUAAGGUCUCUGCAAAGCUCUUCAUAUUUCUUUGUCAAUCCAUCUGUAAUGUAGUGAAAAAAUUACCGGUGAUAUAGAAGCAUAUGACCUCAUGUGGUUUACUGAAACCUUCUUAUGUAUUUUUUUUUAACAUUUUUGAAUAUUAGAAGCAUUGACUGGACCACAAACAUCCCCGAAGGGGACAGAAGAACAGCGAACGCUGCAAACUGCCUUGGAAAGCAGUAAAAAGGCGGUAAUUCAAGGAAGCAUGGAUUGCCUACUCGUAAGUUAUAUUGCUUAAAUCGAGUCUUUUGGUAAUUUUUGUCCAUAUCUCAAAGUUUGCCAUUUAACACGUUAUAAUUGCGAAACUAAGAAAUCCUUUUUAGUGUGCACAUUUGCCAAGUAAUCCUGUUGUCUAGUUCUCACUUGGGAUCUGGGUUGCUUAAAGAGUUGCCAACAUGUGAGUAAAAUGUCUACAAGAAGCUACAUCCCAAUCAUACUGUGCUAAAAUCCUUUUGUUGAAAUUUUCUUAAUUUUAUCUUCCCAUCUGUCAUAUCUUCGCUUAUGCUGCAAAUCAGAUUCUAUUUUGACUACCUGCUGUGGUCAAGAUACAGUUGGCUGCUUAGGGAGUUCCAGCACCUUAACAUUUUGUUUGCAUAUGAAUUAGUCUGUUCAUUGGCAUCGGUUCAUACCAUUUUGUAUCUAAUCAUUCUAUAACGAUGACAUUCAUUUUUAAAUAAAUAAGAUGAAAACUAUUGGCCUUGCUCUUAAAUUGCUGACCUCUAUUUGGAUCGAUGAAAUUUAAAUCUGUGUACUCCAAUCACUGUCUUAUAUUGGUAAAAACUCUGGAAAAGUUCUAACCUGCGAAUAACAUUUCUUAUUUUUUCUUUAGACAAUUUUCUGUUACAUUUUGGUAGCACUUCUCUCGUAUAAUUUGUUCUCCUUUCAGGACUUUCGCCACCUUCUUGAUGAUACCUUUGAGCUCGUCACGAAGAUGAGAGACUUGAUCGUGGAUUGGGUGCAAGAAGGAUUUCAAGACUUCUUCAAGGCACUGAAUCGCCAUUUUCUCAUGCUCUGUGGAAAAAUUGAUAUUAUAAAAAAUCGUGUGAAUGCCGCAGAAGGGUUUCGGGCAGAGAAGGUGCAAACUGGCCUUGUUCUUGUCCUGGCCCAGCUUUCGAUUUUCAUAGAGCAAAGUGCAAUCCCUAGAAUUACCGAGGCAAGUAGUUUAUAGUGUGCUUGUUUCUUGUUUUUAUGGUUCAUCAACCACUUUGAAAGACUCUCAUUAAUAACUUUCAUUGCAGGAGAUUGCUGCUUCAUUUUCUGGAGGUGGUCUCAGGAGCUAUGAGUAUGGUCCUGCUUUUGUACCUGGAGAGAUCUGCCGUCUGUUUCGCUCUGCCAGCUCAAGCUUCUUGCAAAUUGUAAGAGCAGACCUUUUUUAAAAUAUUUAUUGUCAACAUUAGUAGUGCAAUGUUUAAGUUUAAUGGCAAUGCCUCUCUAGGGAAAAGCCUCUGACUGUGGGUGAAAAUGUUAAAGUUGAUAAAACUUUAAAGUGGAGAAACCUAAGUUGUAUUGAUGAUAAAACAAAUGAUAUCAUCGGUCGGGGUACAUGUGAAUCAUAUAACCUUUCUAAAACCUUAAACAAAUGACCAGAAUAAACUCAAUUUAGUACCUUAUCAGGGGAAAUUGCAUCCAGAAUGAAAGUUAACAUUGAAAUAAAACCAAAAGAAUGCGAUAGGACCAAGGAUUAAUAGCUAGAACUGGCUGUAUCAAAACAUUAGACUUUGAAGUUUCUAAUUUAUUAAGGUAUUCUGCUGUCUUGCACACCAUUGCUCAGUCUACUCUCAAGUUCUUUUUUGAUGUCAGCCAGUUGUUCAAUCUACUGUCCAUUUUAUCAAUACUUAUCGAGUAUGCAGUUUACAUGUUGAAUUCAUAAGUGCGAAACAUACAUCGCUGCAUUUACUUAAUUUUUAACCAUUUUUUCUUGGAUCAAUUUCACUUUGGUUUACUAAGAUCAUAAGGGACAUCUCCUUUAAAUUAUUAUAGAACCUGCACACUGAGAAACAGAAAUCCCUGAUGGAAGCAGGAAUCUUGCAUAUUGUUGAAUUAGAGGUUGAGAGUGUAUGCAUGAUAAUUUGGGUGCUUGUACGAGGGGAGUCUUUGCCUAAUCCUUUUGUUUGCGGUUUCUGGAAAAGAGUAGUUUGACUGUAGCAUUGGUAAUUUUCCAAAGUUACCUAACGAUGUCCUCGUAUGAAAAAUACUGCUAUGUGAAAAUUACCACAAAGAAUAUAUCCUAAAUAUCGUUCUAUAUGGCAGCAUCCUCUAAUGAGGGUCGAUGUGUGUUCAUGUAGACUGGUAGAGAUGUAUUCUGUGUGACAUCUAUUAUAUAGAUCGAAACAUUAAUGGUUUUUCUCGGGUGCGCGUAGAAAUUUCGAUGUGAACACCGGAAAUUUGUGGGAAAGAAUUAGAUGUAGAAUGGAUCUAAAGGGGGGACAAAAUGCCAUUGAAUUGACUUUUCUGAUUAGAUUAUGCAAUUGGGCCUCAUAUUUUUAUGGAAAAGAAGCGACCAAGUGCGCUGAAGAUUACAAAUUUAAUGAACGGCAAUGUAGUCCUGCGGGGAACGAUUCAACGUUAAUGAAACUUUGAAAAUUUCUUAUGUUGGUUGGGAAAGGAAUUCUUUUGGUACUACUUACCAUUCAGCGUUAUUUUUUCUCCACGGACGAUUUUUUGCCAAAUUCUGACUUAUUUGGUAGAGCAGAGUUAAUCUUUUUGUCAUCUUCAGCCAGUCGAAGACAAUAGUUUCCCUUGGUGGUAAACUGAACUGUUCUGUCACUCUCGUUUUAUUCUAAUUAUCAUGUAUCUUAUUUUUCUCUUACUAUUGGCAGUAUAUUACCAUGAGAACUCAGAAAAUUUCUACAUUGCUGAAAAAGAGGUUCAUGGCGCCUAACUGGAUCAAGGUAAAGGCUUUCUAGCUGUAUUUUGAACUACCUAAGACUGCCAGUUGUAUUUCAAUAUCGUACAUAACGAUUUUCAUGAAUUUUCAACAGCAUAAGGAACCAAGAGAAGUUCACAUGUUUGUCGAUUUACUUCUUCAAGAGGUGAGUACUUGUCGUUGACUUUUCAUCUGUUGAAGUCCGUUGCACUGUCAACGAGGCUAAUUACUCAGAAUGAAGACAAAAAGUCAAAUGCCUUAUUCCUUCGAUUGGGCUGUUCAUCCCAGUGACGAAAAAAAAAAAAAAAACUAGUUUGCGUCUCUUUGCCUGUAAUAGAGCGUUGGGACACUCCAUCACUUGACAUGAAUUAUGUUGAGACAUAAUUAUAUGCUUAUACGCUCAGUCUUAUCAACAUCGUUCAUGUUAGGCAAAAAAGAUGAAAACUGUGUUGGACGGGGUAGAAAUCACCCUGAAAACUGUUGGUUCUAUCUAUCUAUUUAGGUGAUUGUAUUAUUGCCUUUAUUCUUCAUCUCUGUCCACACCAAAAAAUUUAUCAAAGAUCUGUAAAAUACCUUUAAUGGAAAUAGGACGUCUGGGAUUGUCUAUUUAUAGUAUGACCCGAGUGCAAAAUAUGGAAUAUUAUUGUAUCUUGAUGUUCUUCAAGAUAAUGUCUAUCAGAACUGAGAAAAUGUACCUAAAAAAAGAAAAUUGCUUAAAAGAGAGCCUUUCUUGCGUUAGAUGUCAGUGGCGAUUGUGUUCCUUUAACGAAUUCAUGUUUUUUCUCUGACAGUUGCACGGAGUUGGAGCUGAAGUUAGACAGCUUUUGCCUUCUGGUCUCACUCAGAGACACCAUCGAACUGAAAGCACUGGAAGCACCAAUUCUUCUCGCAGCAAUCCACUGCGUGAAGAUAAAAUCAGCCGCUCAAACACCCAACGUGCUAGAAGCCAACUUCUGGAGAGCCAUCUCGCAAAGUUAUUCGAGCAAAAAAUGGAGAUAUUCACGAAGAUUGAGCACACAGAGGUACAGAUCCCUCAUUGUUUCAGAUUUUACUGAAAAUAUCCUAGCAGGCUCAUGAUGAAAUAAAGUGGAAAACAUUUUAACAUUACUCAAGAUGCUGUCUUUCUCUCUCUAGAAAAACUGUUUCUGGUGAACGCCAGCUCAGAAAAUACUUCCUAAAAUUUCGGAAUCUAGUUUUUGGUACAUUAUUUCUCUCUCGAGGAAAACUGUUUCUGGUGAAUGUCAGCUCAGGAAAGACUUCCCAAAACUUCGGAAUCUAGUUUCUUGUACAUUAUUUCUCUCUCUAGAAAAAUUGUUUCUGGUGAAUUCCAGCUCAGGAAAGACUUCCUAAAACUUCAGAAUCUAGUUUUUUGUACAUUAUCUUUCUAAUGAUUUCAUUGAAAUGGGCCGCUUGAAUAUUUCCGUUUUUCUUCUUAUCGGAUCGAGGGGAAAUUUGGCAUUUAUUCCUGGAUCUAGAUUUUUCGAUUUUUGUACAUUAUAUUUCUAUUUUCGCCUUUUGGAUAAAGUUCAUAUGCCCAGGGGGCGCCAUCUUCUCUUGAUUUCUGCUGACUUGCAAUCUGAUAAUUAGUCGGAUAAUUUCCAAUUUGGUCAAAUGACGAACAUAAUAUAGAUCAGAAGCUGACGCCAGCAUUCGACAUUUCAGGAAUCAAUCGUAUCCACUAUUGUGAAGCUAUCCCUGAAGAGCAUACAGGAGCUGGUUCAGCUGCAGACACUCAAUCGAAGUGGGUACCAACAAAUCCAGCUGGACAUCGAAUUCCUGAAGAACCCAUUGAAAGAAAUCGUCCACGAUGAGGCUGUGAUUGAUUUCCUGCUAAAAGAGGUAAGAGACCUUUUCUUUUUUCUAUAAUAUGUUAAUUUAUAUUUCAAUAUAAUUAAUAUGUCGAUUAAUUUCUGGAUCUGCAGGUAACUAAUGCUGCUCACGAACGGUGCCUCGAUCCAAUCCCUUUGGAGGCGCCGAUCAUCGACAAGCUCAUCCAGGCAAAGUUGGUCAAGAACAAGGAGCCGAAUUCCCGGUAA